AUGAGUCCACCAAAAUCUUUUGAUGAUAAAAAACCUGUUGUUGUUAAAUCGAAAAGGGGGAGAAAAGCUCUUGCAGUGAGAGAAGGACAUAUUGACACGACCGGAAGAACCCAUAUAAUGACGGUCAGGAGAACGAAACCUCCGACACCAAAAAAGAAAACAACAACUCCAAAACCUAUAAAACAAACAAAUAUUUAUUGCAAACGAUGUGAACAAAGCGAUAAAUAUAUCGACCUUCUUAACGAUCGAAUUGGAAAAUUAGAAGCUUUGGUAAAUAAAUUAACUAACGGAUCAAAACUCAAUGAUGAUGAUGAUAAUAAACAACAGCCAUUUUUUCAACCUGCUAUUCAAACCCAAAAUAUUUCCAAUAUUGGGACGCAGGAACUUUUAAACCUUUCUAGUCAAAUUAGCAUCGAGCUUUUUGAAAGGUUUGAUCAAAUACAACUACAAACACCUAUACAACCUCCGAUACCCACGACAACUUUAACUCCACCCGUGAGCCCUUUUCCUACUUGUGAACAAGUGGAUUUCACGGUAGAUUGGAACGUAUUUCCUCAGUUUACCCAACCUUAUUAA